AAGAAAAGAAAAAGAAAAGAGAAAACAGAGCAGAAAAGGUAAAGGGCAAAGAAAUUCCUAGAAUCAUCCAGAUAGUCAUACUAUAUAAUCAAUGACUAUAGUCAAUUAGUCUACCAUCUAUCUAUAUUUAUAAUUAAAAUUCCCAAAAUCUCACUCUUUCAAUGCCUAGCGCAAUGGAGCGCAAGGACACAGAGAUGAUGGAAACAGAAGAGAGUAGCGCCACCACCAUGCAGAACAACAACACUAGUAGUAGUAGUGGUAGUAGUACUGCACAAAACGACGUCGCUGUCACAGACUUUCUCACAUUGGCUCGCCAGCUCAUCGAUCAAGGAAAACCUUCCCAGGCUCUCCAGGCGGUCAUAAUGGCAAUGAGAACCAAAGGGGGUGAUGAGGCUGUAUUUCAGUCUCUGCAUCGUGCUCGUGAACUUUAUAGAAAUAGGCUGCAAGAAAAUGCUGCCGCUGAUCAACUGGCUUGUUUGUUUGCCGAGUGUGCAAUUGCUGAGGCCCAGCCUUUAAAUAUUGAACCAUCAGUAACUACAACCAAUGUGGGUGGGCCAUCAAUUUCUCCAGAUGCUCAUGGGACUUCUAUUCUGGCAGAAAGUGGCAGAAUGCAAGUGGUUCUGGAUGCAUUCUCAGAUGGGAGCAGCUUCAUUUGUUUACAAUGUGGGGGUCUUGUCAGUAACCAUCGCAAAGACGAGCACUAUGCCUAUUGGUGUUGCCAAACCUGAUGCCCUGGUAUGUGGAAUGGGUAUUUUGUGCUUAUUCGAUUUGAUGCUCUGAAUGCCAUAUGGGUGUCCUACUUCUCUUGUACUUAAUGUUGUAUUUGGUUUUGAUCUCUGCUCUUUUGAUGGCCGCAUAUGCUAGGCAGUGGUCAUUUACAUGCAGAACAUUCAAUGCCUGAUCUAGGAUUUAGAAGUCAUACAUCAGUUGAUGAGUGAAUUGCUAAAACUUCUUUCCCUGUAAGAGUUGUCCAGAAUCUUGUAAUUCUGUAGUCAUUAAAUUGUCCUUUAUAAAUAAUUUUGGCCAAGGUGAUAUGUGAGGCUAGUGUAUCUAUAUGUAUUUUGACAUUUAAGAUAAAGGGCUGGCAGUGUUCUACUUUCUCCUCUUUUUUGGUCGUGAUUAUUUUACUUGUUAUUCCAAUGAUCAAGUACACAUGACAAUUACUUGAAA